AUGUCCCUCCCGAAGUUAUUCCAGCCCAAACAGGUUGGCGAGAUCACCGUCCAACAUCGGAUUGUCCUCGCGCCUUUGACGCGCAACCGAGCGAACAAGGAGCAUGUUCACGGCGACCUCGCAGUGGAGUAUUACUCUCAGCGUGCGAGCAUGCCCGGGACGCUGCUCAUCACCGAGGCGACGUAUAUCGCGCGGAAGGCAGGCGGGUACCCGCACGUCCCGGGCAUAUGGAGCGAGGAGCAGAUUGCUGCGUGGAAGAGGGUGGUGGAAGCCGUCCAUGCUCGCGGAAGCUACAUCUUCCUCCAACUGUGGGCGCUCGGGCGACAAGCCUUCCCGGCUGUUCUCGAAUCCGAAGGCCUUCCUCCCUCAUCGUACGUCUCCUCUUCCGACGUACUCCUCCUGGAAGUUUCCUCCACACCACCACGCCCGCUCACAACGGCGGAAGUGAAAGAGUAUGUGCAGCUUUACGCGACCGCGGCGAAGAACGCGGUGCACGGGGCGGGGUUCGACGGGGUGGAGGUGCACUGCGCGAACGGGUACCUGCCGGACCAGUUUCUGCAGGACAUCUGCAAUAAGAGAACGGACGAGUACGGCGGAUCGGUGGAGAACCGGUGUCGGUUCCCAUUGGAGAUAGUGCAGGCUGUCACGGAGGCUGUCGGGGUGAGGAAGACGGGGGUGCGGAUUAGCCCGUGGGGCACAUUUGGAGGCAUGCGCAUGGCCGACCCCCGCCCGACGUUCACACACUUCGUGACGCAGCUGCGUGCGCGAUUCCCCGAGCUCGCGUACCUGCACAUGAUCGAGCCGCGUACCACAGGGAACAUUGACGUGUCCGACGUGCCGGAGGGCGACUCAAACGACUUUGUCCGCGACAUUUGGGCGCCGCGCGUGAUCAUCAGCGCCGGCGGGUAUACAAGGCAGAUGGCAAUUGAGGCUGCGGAGAAGUACGAUUACUUGACUGCAUGGGGGAGAUACUUCAUUUCCAAUCCGGACUUACCGUACCGUCUGCUGAAGAAUAUACCUUUGACACCGUAUUCGCGGGAUAUGUUCUACAUUGACGAGAGUCCUCGAGGCUACAUCGACUAUCCAUUCGCAAGCGAGCCGCAGACGCAGUAGUCAGUGAAGGGACACGUACGGGGCUACAUAGGAACUUACCAUAACUUCGAUCCACGAUUAGAUGAGCCUCGCUCGACGGAUGUCUGAGUAAAGCGAGACGAAUACUUAUUCCCUCUCCGGGCCAGCCAUCAUCUUGUACCGCACUUGUAGCAGGCUCAUGCCAAUACCCAUCGGCUCUUACGUUAUGUGGGGUACUAUACGAUGGGACGGGAAUGAAGCGAUUGCAGUGGCAG